AUGCUCAAUCCAACGAACACUAAAAAUAAUCAAAAUUAAAAAGAUGUCUGCCCUUCGGCUAAGAAACGCAAACACUCCGGCUCCGGAGCUCGACGAGUUUUCCGACCAGACACCGUUAGAAUCACGGGUUCUCGAGAGACAGAUGUCAAUGUCUCAGCGAGCCAUGUCAAACACCCUGACGUCAGCAGCCAAUCUCUCAAACCUACUCCCAACGGGAACACUCCUCGCGUUUCAACUCCUAACGCCGGUUUUCACUUCAAACGGCGUUUGCGACCACGCAACGCGUUUCCUAACCGCCGUUCUCCUCUUCCUCUUAGCGGCGUCUUGCUUCGUCAGCUCCUUCACCGAUAGCGUUAAAGCCGACGAUGGAAUUAUCUACUUCGGUUUCGUCACGUUCAAAGGCAUGUGGGUCGUUGACUAUCCUGACCCGUCCGGAUUGGGUUUACCCGAUUUAGCCAAAUAUCGGAUGCGGGUCGUUGAUUGGAUCCACGCUACGUUGUCGGUUUUAGUGUUUGGAGCGGUUGCGUUGAGAGAUAAGUAUAUAACUGAUUGCUUUUGUCCGUCGCCGGAGGCAGAGACGAAACAUGUCUUGGACAUUGUUCCGGUGGGUGUUGGAGUUAUGUGUAGCCUUUUGUUUAUGGUUUUUCCGGCGAGGCGUCACGGGAUUGGAUAUCUUGUUACCGGUAGCGUUGAUCGCCGGUGAUUUACAUUUAAACCAACAAGAAACGGUAGCGUUUUCUUGGUGGGUUGACUAUUUUCGUUUGUUUUCUUUGUUUGUAAAGUUGUAUAAUUAUACGUUAUGACUAUUAUUCUUUUAAUAAAUUUUAAUGUUGUGU